AUGAAAUCCACUUGGCAAAAAUUUCAAGUACGAUAUUCAUCAUCACCUUCUUCAAAAAGAUGGAUAGCACGACAGGAUCGGGAUCAGUUUGUUAAAAAAGCACUGUCUCAAAAUUAUCGAGCCCGGAGUGCAUUCAAGUUAUUGGAAUUGGAUCAAAAGUACAAUUUUAUUAAACCAGGUUCAGUCUUUAUCGACUGUGGCGCAGCUCCUGGUGGUUGGAGUCAAGUUGUUUCUAGAAAAACAAAAUUAAACGGGAACUUAAUUAUUGCUGUUGAUUUGUUAACUAUCGAGCCGAUUCCUGGUGUAAAUGUUAUACAAGGGGAUUUCACUCAUAUAUCGACACAACAAAAGGUAAAAGAAUUAUUGAAAGAAAGAGAAGCAGAUGUAAUUUUAAGCGAUAUGGCACCAAACUUUUCUGGGCAGCGUUUUAUUGAUCAUGUUAAAUCAAUGGAAUUAUGUGAAUUUUCUCUGAAUUUUGCUGAACGAGUAUUAAAAUCAGGAGGCACCUUCUUGUGCAAGUUCUUAAUGGGAGAGUCCGAUCAUGAAUUUAGAAAUAAUUUAAAGACUAAAUUUGACAUUGUUCGUCAUGAAAAACCACAGGCUGUACGCAAAAAAUCGACAGAAGGAUAUUUUAUGUGCUUAGGUUAUAAAAAAAAUAAAUAA